AUUUACAGACUGUUUUACGGCAAGCGUGAAGUUGCCGCAAGUUUCAACGCGAAGUGUUUGUUUAUACAGAUUUCCACAAAAAUGAAGAUCGAAGAAGUCAAAAGUACCACUAAAACGCAAAGAAUCGCCACUCAUAGUCACAUCAAAGGACUAGGUUUAGAUGAAAAUGGGUGUGCUAUUCAGAGUGCCGCCGGUUUGGUUGGUCAGGAACUGGCUAGAGAGGCUGCUGGAGUGGUAGUGGAGAUGAUCAGAUCCAAGAAGAUGGCCGGAAGAGCUGUGCUUCUUGCUGGGCCUCCUGGUACAGGAAAGACUGCCAUAGCCCUUGCCAUAGCACAGGAGCUUGGUAACAAGGUGCCAUUCUGUCCCAUGGUGGGGAGUGAAGUGUACUCUUCUGAGAUUAAGAAGACAGAGGUACUCAUGGAGAACUUCAGACGAGCCAUCGGCCUCCGUAUAAAAGAGACGAAAGAGGUGUAUGAGGGUGAGGUGACAGAACUGACACCAGUUGAAACAGAGAAUCCUAUGGGUGGUUAUGGUAAGACAGUGAGCCAUGUGAUAAUUGGUUUAAAGACAGCCAAGGGCACAAAGCAGUUGAAGUUGGACCCAUCCAUCUAUGAGAGUCUACAGAAGGAGAAAGUGGAGACUGGGGAUGUGAUCUAUAUUGAGGCCAACAGUGGCGCGGUCAAGAGACAAGGCAGAUCUGACAGUUUUGCAACUGAGUUUGACUUGGAAGCUGAAGAGUAUGUACCACUACCAAAGGGAGACGUUCACAAGAAGAAAGAAAUCAUACAGGAUGUUACGCUUCAUGAUCUCGAUGUUGCUAAUGCAAGACCACAGGGAGGACAGGACAUAAUGUCAAUGAUGGGUCAGUUAAUGAAACCAAAGAAAACAGAAAUCACAGACAAGCUGCGUAAGGAGAUCAACAAAGUUGUUAACAAGUACAUAGACCAGGGUAUCGCUGAGCUUGUCCCCGGGGUUCUCUUCAUCGACGAGGUGCACAUGCUGGACAUUGAGUGCUUCACCUACCUCCACAGAGCCCUCGAGUCGGCACUGUCACCCAUUGUUAUCUUUGCCACCAACAGGGGAAAAUGCAGGAUCAAGGGAGCAGAAGACAUAAUGUCGCCCCACGGUAUGCCACUGGAUCUGCUGGACCGCAUGAUGAUCAUCAGAACUCUCCCUUACUCACAGGAGGAAAUGACACAGAUAUUAAAACUGCGUGCCCAGACAGAGGGACUAUCAGUGGAGGAUGAUUCGCUUGCACAGCUGGGAGAAAUUGGCACAAAAACCACACUCCGAUAUGCAGUACAACUUCUUACACCAGCCAGCCUUCUGUCUAAAAUCAACGGCAAGGAUGUGAUCGGUAAAGAUGAAAUUGAGGAAACAAAUAAACUUUUCUUUGAUGCAAAAUCCUCUGCAAAGAUCUUGGCAGAACAAGAGGAUAAAUACAUGAAAUGAGACUUUGGAUAUAGAUCUGUGGUGUUCAUUUGUUAAAAAUUAUUGAAAUAAUCAUUGUUUAUUCAAUGGUGAAUCGAGUGAAUAAUUUGAACAUGAAUGUACUUUACAUGACAUUGUUAAAGAAUAGUUAACUGAAAAAACUCUGAAAAUUCCUGCAUCAAUUUAAUAACAUUUUGAACAAAGUUGUAUUGUAUUAAAGUUAUCAAUGGUGAUGCCAAAACUUAAGACUCACUGCUUACAGUUUAAGACUAUAAAAACUGUUUUAAGUUUUAUUUUCACGUGUUUCAAAAUCAUUGUCUCAUUAUGAUGAUUGUAAAUAUGCAUUUUAUUUCAAAAAAAUAAAUAAAAAUAAACUAAUUUGUGUAA